AUGAACAAAUCAAAUACCCUCACCACAUUCGACUUCGCCGCGGCCAACAAUCUGCCCAUAGUUCUGGAUAGCAAAUCUUGCCAGCUACGCCCACUCUCCGCCCCGACAUUAUCGCCAACCCCAGCCGGUUUAUCGCGAGAUCUAGCUGCUUCCAAACGGCCAGAGUCCCUUGACCAUUGUCGAAAAGACGACGACCCCCUUGCAGUUCUCGUCGCCAAGCUCCCCAACAAGAUUCUUCCAAGCACCCCUAAUCAAGCGUCGCCCACGUUGGGCUGGUCUAGCCUGCUAUUUAAUCAACCUUCAAGUCCAGCGACUGAUCAUGCCGGCAAUCAGCGCCCAUUCAGAGACUCAUCGGACGCCAAAGAGUUGUCUACUUCUUGGCUCACUACUUGCUCACAGUCAACUCUGAAUUGGCUGCCAAUCCUCUUCGUCAAUAUCCCGUCUCCCAAAGAGAAAGAAGAAGAAGAAGACGCCGUGGGCAAGACCGACUGCAAUCCCACCCUCACCAUCGAAAUUCCCGACAGUCGUCGACAGGAGAUUACAGAUAUUUCUGGUCCUCAGACGCAUCAUCAAUUCAGCCUCUCGAACGUGGAGAAGGAAACGACCCCUUCUUAUUGUCCAACAGACUCGAACGAACCUUCGUCCAACACACCAUUGAAUCGAUCGGUCCGGUUUAGUGACCCCACCCCUCUAGGACUCCAAAUGGACCAGGCCCAGCAGGCGCUUCAAAGUUUUAGUAUGGAUAACAGCUUAUAUCGCAGUGUGGACCCCUUCCCCAGCCCGACCCCCGGCAAACGGUUCCUAGGCAGAGGCUCGAUCGACUCCAACUACCAAUCUCCCCGCAAAGCCUCGCUGCCAGACUGGGUCGUCAACGAAUACUUAUCCUCCACUAACACCGACAAGAAGCUGGAACCGAUCGGCAUUCUGAAGCCUGGCCAAAGGAGUAGUAAAGGCAAACAAGGCCCUGAAGAGAGAGGCCCGACGAAAACAGACGCGGCCAGACAUCAUCAUCAUCAUCAUCCGAACAUGAAGUUCACCUUGAACAGCUACAAGAACUAUCCCUUCUCGUCCGCCCCGCCCUCCAUCGCCUCCGUCCGACGCGUCCCUUCUCCCGGAAAAGUCUUCUACCCUCUCCUCGAUCACGCCCAAGUCCGCAAAUUCAACCUCAAUAACCACGACUCCUUGUCCCUCAGUCCUAACCACAGUCUCCUUUCCUCCUCUCGUCUCCAACACCUCGACCCUCACUCCCUCGGAAAACAUUCCUCCCUCAAACAUAAACUCCGGAGCUUCUUCUCCUUCCGCAAAAUUCGCUCCAGAAAAUAAGCCUGCUCCAACCGUCCCCGGGCCGUGCCUUUUUCUCCAUAUCCUGGUCACCUCUUUCAUCUAGCUCCCUUUUUAAUAAUCCUGCUUGCUCGUUUUAUCUCGGUCUUCUUUAUCAACUACUACAUCUGAUCAUUAUCGUUCUUACCAUUUCCCCUCUUGUCGUUCUACACAUACAUACCAUAACCAACUACCCCCCCCCCCCAAAAAAAAAGAGCACUGUACGAAUCGGCCGCGGAUCCAUC